GCGCUCGGGACGGCGCUGGACUGGCCUGAUGCCAAGACAAAGGCUCACCAGGUGAGGACGUGGGGUAUCAAGCAACUCUUGGAGAUAUGGAACAAGGCCAAGGGCAAGGAGCGUGAUGCGAUGCUAUGGGGAGAUGAGGUCGAGUACUUGGUCGUCACAUAUGCCAAGGAUGAGCCCAAGGUUCUCCUCUCGCUGAGACAGGCCGAGAUACUCGAUGCCCUGGCUUCAAACCACGAUCUUGCCGAGAAGGGAGGAUGCACAUCUGACAAGAAUGACUCCAAUCUCAAGCAGAAACAAUCCAAACCUCUCCCCGUAUUCCACCCCGAGUUCGGACGCUUCAUGCUGGAAGCCACGCCCGGCAAGCCCUGGGGCAUCGGCUUCAAGGAGCUCCUAGACGUGGAGCCCGAUAUGAAGCUCCGUCGCAAGAUCGCCAAGGAGCACAUGCUCCCAACCGAGUACCCCAUCACCCUGACAACCUUCCCCCGCCUGGGCACGCCGGGAGAGUACACGGUGCCCUACUACCCGCCCUCGGGGCCCCGGCUCCGCUCGCAGUUCGUCCCCGACGAGAUCGCCAACCCGCACAUCCGCUUCCCCACCCUGGCCGCCAACAUCCGCGCCCGCCGCGGCCGCAAGGUCCAGGUCAACGUGCCCGUCUUCCACGACGUGAACACGCCGACCCCUUGGAGGGACCCCACCGUCAGACGCGACCUGCACAACUGGCCCGAGGACGAGGACGUGCGCUCCGGAGGCGCGGCGCCCGACGACCACAUCCACAUGGACGCCAUGGCCUUUGGCAUGGGCAGCUGCUGCCUCCAGAUCACCUUCCAGGCCAAGAACAUCACCGAGGGGAGAGAGAUGUACGACCAGCUCAGCCCCCUGGGCCCCAUCAUGCUGGCCCUCACGGCUGCCACACCCAUCUACAAGGGGUUCCUGGCCAACACGGACGUGCGGUGGAAUCAGAUCAGCCGAUCCGUCGACUGCAGGACACCCGAGGAGCUGGGAGAAGAGCCAUUGAAGAAUAACCGGUGGCGCAUCCCCAAGUCUCGAUACGCCUCCAACUCGACAUAUAUAUCGACGGACCCUCGUCUGCGAAAGGAGUACCUGGACCCCGACCUGGUGAUUGACGAGGACAUCAAGCGGCAGCUGCAGGACGGCGGCAUGGACGACCUGCUGGCGACGCACUUUGCGCACCUCUUCAUCCGGGACCCCAUCGUCGUCUUCGAGGAGGACCUGCAGGAGCUGGACCUGAGCAAGACGGACCACUUUGAGAACAUACAGUCGACCAACUGGCAGCACAUGCGGUUCAAGCCCCCCCCGGCGGACAACAACAUCGGGUGGCGCGUCGAGUUCCGGUCGAUGGAGAUACAGAUGACCGAUUUCGAGAACGCGGCCUUUAGCGUCUUCAUGGUCCUGGUCACGCGGGCCAUCCUCUCGUUCGGCCUCAACCUGUACGUGCCCAUCAAGGUGGUGGACGAGAACAUGGAGCGGGCUCACGGGCGGGAUGCCGUGCUCAACACCAAGUUCUACUUCCGCAAGAAUCCCUUCCCGGCGCGGCCUUCCAGAGCCAGCACGGUGGUGCACAGUGCCAACGCCAACGCCGGCGCCAACGGAGACGGAGACGGCGGCUCGUCGCGUCCGGGUUCCGCCAUGCCCAGCCGCCCGCCCUCGCCGGGACCGGUGGAGGACGAGUACGAGGAGAUGACGGUCAACGAGAUCAUCAACGGGCCGUCUCCGUCCUCGUCGUCGAGCUUCCCCGGCCUGAUACCGAUCGUGGAGAGCUACCUGGACAGCGUCAACGUCGACGUCGAGACCCGCUGCCAGCUGGCCACCUACCUCGACCUGAUCGGCAGGCGGGCGAGCGGCGAGCUCGACACGGCGGCCCGCUGGAUCCGCAACUACGUCGCCGCGCACCCGGCCUACAGGGGCGACAGCGUCGUCGACGACGAGCUCACGCACGACCUCGUCGGCGCCGUCGUCGCCGUGGGAGAGCGGGAGAGCGCCGGGAGGGACUUCUCGGGCCUGGAAGUGCCCGGCCUGGCUAGGCUGCUGGGCAAGUUCAGGGGCGGCUGCUCCUCCUCCCCCGAGAAGAAUGGGAACGGUCCCGUCCCUGCCACCGUCACUGUACCUGUUCCGGCCGUAGUCGAUACGGGUAUCAAGGCUGCUGCUGUCGAUGACGGUGGCAAUGGAAACGGUGAGGCUCACCCGUCGACCACUCUGAAGCGUAAGAGCGAUUGGAUCGGUGACGGAAGUGGUGCUACCAAGGUGUCAAAGUGA